GCGGACACGAAAUUAAAUGUAAUGAUAUUAAUUUCAAGAAAUAUUAAAUUCAACGUGGCGAAAUUGUGAUUAAAAAUGUUGAGCAAAUUUUUGUUUGUGAUUAUAAUAUAUUUUGUGCAUUGUAGUUAUUGUAUUGAUGUUUCAGAUAUUUUCAACUGCAUUGAAGAAGACGGGUUCACUUGUCGCGGGGAUAGUGAUGAAGAAUUUUCUUGUAGCUAUAUAUGCAAUGGCUAUUCAGAUUGUAAGGACGGCGCCGAUGAGGGCAUGCUAAGUAUGAAUCGGAACCCUUGUAUGGACGCACCUUGUACUGAUAGCAGUUUCAAAUGCCAUUACGGCGCUUGCAUUCCGUAUGACCAAAAAUGCGAUGGAGAAAAGAAUUGCGCCGACGGUUCAGAUGAGUGGAGUUUUUAUUGCAACAAAAAAUUAAGUAAUCCUAAUAGAACGGCCUGUAGCUCUGAAGACGGAAGCUACAAAUAUAUAUUAGACAAUUUAUUCUGUAAUGGUAAAGCAGAUUGCAAUGAUAAGAGCGAUGAGAGUUACGACAUAUGUAGACAUUGGAUAUGUGAUACAGAAGAAAAAACCCGUUGUGCAUAUGGAGCUUGCAUUGAUAGAGGAAAAAUAUGUGAUGGAAAGAUCGACUGCGUAGAUGCAUCAGAUGAGAAAUCUUGUACAACAAAAGCGCUUCCUAGUCCUCCACACGGCUGUGAAAUUGAUUGGGACCCAAAUUAUGAUAUUAUAAAUGAGAACACAAAUGCAUAUAUGACACAUGGCGAUAGGGUCUUAACCAAUCAGCGCAUUAUUAUAAAAUGUGCAAAUAAUUUCUUCUUUGAGGAUAAAGCUGAUAACAAGACAGUAGUAUGUAUAAGAGAUAAUUGGGAUUCACCGCUACCAAAAUGUGUCAAAUACUGCGAUGAAGAUAUAUUAUACUUCAGCAAAUCAACAACAGCGACCUGUACGCUAAAUUCGUCGCCGGUUGAUUGUAAAAAUAUCCUCCCCGGUACAAUCGCUCAAAAUCAAUGCGCAUACAGCUACAAGAGAAGAGAAAGCAUAAGAGACGAAUCUUUCUCGAUGAUUUGCCUUCCCAAUGCGAAAUGGAGUAGGAACAAAAUGAAUUGUGAGCCAGUUUGUGGAGAGUCCCAAAGUUCAACUAACCCGAAUGCUUCACAAGCGCCGUGGCAUGUUGGCGUCAAAACAUAUUUGAAUGGAACAUGUGGAGGUACUAUUAUUUCCCCCAAGAAUGUUAUAACUGCUUUGCACUGCGUCGUAGAUGAAAACUUUAUUGUGCUUAGUGAAGCACAGGUUUUUGUGAUAGCCGGAGGUGAAUUCAAAGAUGGCCAAACUGAGAUAAUACAAAAAAAUGUAUCAAAGAUUUUUGCUGCUAAUGAUGGUGUCAUUGAUGUUGCAGUUUUAGAACUGAGCGAACCUUUCAUUUUGAGUAUAAAUGCUAGACCCAUUUGCUUGGGUAGACGAAGCUCUAGAACUAAAAAGAAUACAGCUUUCCUACAUGGUUGGCCUAAGAACGAUGAUCAUACUGGUGAUAUAUUUGUAAGGACACAAUUAAAAUUUGAACGCAAUAACUGUCAAGCGGAUCGCACGAAAGGCGAAUUAUGUGUUCGCACACUAAACAUGAAUCACACGCUGUGUGAAGGACACAGUGGAAGCGGUGUUAUCACCAAUUAUGGAAGCAAAAAUUACUUAACUGGCAUAAUCAGUAAAAAGCCAGGUCGGUCUAACGAAUGCACAAAUCAACCUAUAGUUGCCGUAGGUAUCGAUCAGAUAACGCCGUGGUUGGAAGAAACCAUAUCAAUGUCCGACGAGCCACCGUUUUACUUUGUUCCAGCUUAACGGAAAUAUGUAAGGGAACUUUAUGUCUUGUCGAACCGAACUUUAUAUCCAAGGCGGUUGUUUAUGAUAGAAGCCAAUGUGAAAUUGAUUAUUCUUAAUAAAAAAUUAUAUUAAAAAAUAUAGCGUUCCAGCUAAGUGUGAUCGAUUUUUAAGCAUCCGCGUAUUCACCGCGAAGUGUUAUUAGUUUUCGUCUGUAUGAGUUUGUUCGAUAUGUCAGUAAGACUUUGCAGGUGCUUAAUUACUUAAGUUUUCGAUGUUAAA